AUGUCUGGGAUUCGUCGUCGGCGGAGAGCCUCUUCUUCAACAGCCUCCUCCUUUUCCUCCCCCUCAUCCUUAUCGGACAGCGACUACAUCGCCGACGCUGAUGUCUCCGAUCCCGAUGCCUCUCUUCUGUAUGAUUCCUCCUCCCGCUCUGGUCACCUGAGGCCAUCCUCUUUGUCUUCCUCCUUCUUCCCCUCCUUAUCCUCCUUAUCUUCCUCCUCCGCCUUCCUCCUCUCCACCCCGCCAUCCUCGCUUCGCAUCUUCCUCUUCCUCAUCGCCUUCCGUCUGGUCAAUGCUUGGACCGUCCGGACCUUUUUCCAACCCGAUGAGUUCUUCCAAUCUCUCGAGCCCGCUUGGCGGGCCGCAUUCGGAGACGACCAUGCGCCUUGGAUCACUUGGAAACCCGGUGUCAUCAUCACAACUCUUCAGCCAAUCUGCUGGGGCUCUGCAAGACUAAUAAUCAAUGACGACGUCCUUGUGCAGGAAUGGCGCCACCAGCUGAGAUCUUCCCUACACCCUCUUCUCUUUACCGCUGUUUAUGCCACCACCGAUCUGCUCGCUCGCCUACUCCACAUUUCCCCUGCAUGGCAAGCGGAAUGCCUAGUUGUCGCCCCCAAGGUUGCCCAAGCCGUUAUCGCUGCCGUUGGUGACCUAUAUACCUGGCGAUUGGCUUGUCGCGUGUAUGAUCCUAUGUCUCACGAGGCCUGGGCUGCACUGGCAUUGACCAUCGUGAGUCCUUGGCAAUGGUUCUGCUCCACAAGGACCUUGUCGAAUUGCCUGGAGACCUCCCUUACCAUUGCUGCUCUUUAUCUGUGGCCAUGGGUAUGGUCGUUGGAUCCCUCAACCACCACCCAACCAAAAGGGUCGCCCUCACGUAGCCUCAAGCCCCAGCCGGACGAGGACCAGUCUGACACGGCUGUCCUGAGCAGGCUUCGACGAUGCCUUGUGCUGGCGGCUGUGGCAUGUAUACUGCGACCCACUAACGUUCUGAUCUGGAUAGUACUUGCUAGCCUGUUGUUGUACCGGAGCACUCCCCUUCGACGGGCGACGCUUGUCCGCGAAGCUCUACUUUGCGGCUCAGCUGUUUUGGCGGUGUCAACUACAGCAGAUCGGUUCUUCUACGGAUUCUGGACUUUCCCACCCCUACGGUUCCUGUACUUCAACCUUGCCCAAUCGCUGGCGGUCUUCUAUGGAAAGAAUGAUUGGCACUACUAUUUGUCUCAGGGGCUUCCCCUCCUCUUGACUACAGCCUUGCCCUUCGCCGUUGUGGGCUUAUACCAUUCAGUAACCCGACCGCGAUCGGGUGAACUUAGCGAGUUGCAGGCUUCGAUGCAGGUUCAGCUUGCUUCGGUGUGCCUCAUCAUGAUCAUUGGGUUGUCGCAGAUAUCGCACAAGGAGGUGCGAUUCAUCUAUCCAUUGCUGCCCUCGCUGCAUGUCCUCACUGCACCUGCUCUGGUGAAAUUCUUCCGUCCCGCGGUCACCGCGGGAAGUCAGAGACACACCCCCAGACGGCUAACCUUUGUUUUCUUGCUACUGGCGAACGCCGUCAUUGCGCUCUAUACGACGGUCAUCCAUGCAUCCGGCCCAGCAGCCGUGUUGUCCUACCUUCGGGACCAGCGACAAAUUCAUGGCUCCACCGAUAUGACCGAUACUUCUCAGCCCGGGAUCACAGCCGGGUUCCUCAUGCCUUGCCAUAGCACUCCUUGGCGCUCACAUAUGGUCUACCCCACCAUCAGCGCCUGGGCACUAUCCUGCGAGCCUCCUGUCGGCCUCGACGCGUCCGAGAAAGCUACGUACUUGGACGAGGCGGACCAGUUCUACGCCGAUCCUGAGCAGUUUCUGCGCACGAACAUGGUUGGCGGUCUGCGCCGAUUCCCUCGAAGGCCAUCCUAUGACAAGUAUAAUUGGAAAUCUUCGCAGUUGCCCACACAGUACCAGUCUAAAACCCCUCACGAAUGGCCCGAUUACCUCAUAUUCUUCGCCCAACUAGAACCCACCCUACAGAGUCUCCUCCGCUUCUCUGCAUACAAGGAAUGCCACCGCACCUGGAACACCGCCUGGCAUGACGACUGGCGCCGUCGGGGCGACAUAGUCGUUUGGUGCGUUGACCCGUCCGAACAAGCCGCCCGGGACAGUGUGUACAUACAACGCCAGCGCGAGAGCCGGGAUCUUCACUUCGAUCGCAUCGUGCAAGCUUUCACCAAGCCCACGCACAAGCAACGUCUAGCGCAGUUCUGGAAAUCCAUAUUCUCAAGCCAGUCCCAAUCGUCCUGGUCGUGGUCAUGGCCCUGGCAGCGCCGCAAACGCACAACCCUUUUCGGGUUUGAGUUGCCGGCCUGGCCGUUCUCAAAGUCGUCAAGAAAGUCAUCAUCUUGGUCAUUCCCCGCCUGGGAAGAGCUAAACCGGCGGAUGAACGAUCGGGCAAACUGGGCUUAG